AUGGCACGUCAACUAGUCGUCUUGGCCUUGAUCGUCGUGGCGAUCGUCGGCUCCGUCUCCGCCGAGGGACCCUCCGCCGCCCCCGUUGCCGCCCCCGUGGCCUCCUCCUCCCCCAAGGCACCAGCGGCCGCCCCCAAGGCAUCGGCUGCCGCUCCCCAGGCAUCAGCCUCCGCCCCUAUCUCCGCCACUCCCGAGGGUUCCAUCGCCUCGUCCCCUUACUCCGAGGGCCCCGUGGCAUCAUCCCCCAACACCGACCUGGCAUCGCCUCCUGCCCCUGGAAGCGAGGCUUCCUGGGGACCCACCGCCGAUGACAGUUUCGCCGCUCCCGCCGAAGCUCCCGUGGCUGCCAAGAACGGCGCCUCCGCCCUCGAGGUCUCCGCCGUCGCUGGCGUUGCCGUCGUGGCCAGUGCCUUCCUCUUCUAA